GGUGGAGCCGGCGAGCUGCAAGUCUUUGAAUUUCUCUAGUUUCUUCGUUAUAGACUCUGAGCGGUCCCCAUUAGGUGACACGCAUCGACCCCCAGCGUGUCACAUCUCUGAAGGCGUGCAGCCGCGCUUGUGUAUAUUUCUAUCGUCAGGAAGUCUAUGUCUGGUGUCGGAGUGGCCAACAGUUUUUUCGGAGGCGUGCUAGAUGCCCUCCUGGGCCUCUCAAGAGUCGCAGUUGUAAUACGAGACUCUCAUACGAUCAGGAAGAAGCUGUUUGAGACUUGGGUUUUGAACGGGAUUGUUUUGGCAUGCAGUGUCAUUACAUUCGACAACGUCAUUAUACCUCUACUUCAUCUAGUCAUCCAUGAUUUUAUUCUUCCAUUAUUGGGUGUGGAUGAGUCACAGUUGCAAGUCGAAUUCAUCAUUUCUCUUGUUAGCUAUCUUUUUAGUGCUCUUUGGGUACUGCCACUGUUUUGGUUGAAUAAACCCAUUAGCAGUGUAUGGUUUCUUGAGAUUGCUGAUGAAGUGUUGCGACAGAUGAAAGAAGACAAUAGGAAGAUGAAGUCGAAAGUGUCUAAGGGUAGGAAGAAAGGGCCAGACGUUAGCAAGUGGAUUGCGGAUAUGUUGUUUAGUUUGGUUUUGGAGUGCUUGUUUCUCUUUCAAGCGAUGCUCGUCGGUUUCAUUCCUGCGGUUGGAGUUAUUCUCAGUCUUAGUCACUUGACUCUUCUCUACUCGUUGUAUUCAUUUGAGUAUGCGUGGAUGGAUCAUAGAUUGUCAGUGAAUCAAAGGAUAGCGAUGAUUGAGGAAAACUGGCCGUAUUUUGUGGGUUUUGGGUUGCCAUUGACGGUGGCAACUGCUCUUCCUCGUUCUUUUAUUAUCAGUGCAUGUGUGUUUGCUGUUCUCUUUCCUCUUUUUCUCAUUAUAGCUUGUGAUACAGAGCCACGGCCGGCAGAUGUUUUUAGACUCAGAGCAUUUCGUGUAGUGGAAUGGCUGGGAAACGUAAUAUUUAGCAGACUGGGCUCUGGUGUAGCAAUGAAAGCUGAGCCUAAGCAAGCUGACUGACUGUUAUUGGUAUGUACAUAGCUUGAAUCUAUAGUAUACAUAUAGUAUAAUGGCAUAUACGAUUGUAUUGUGUCUAUUACGUCAAAUAUUGAAUUGCAUUUUCAUUUCCAGUGAAAA